UUCCUUGGGGUUGAAAAUGUUGAAAUGAAAGUGAAAGAAAAGAAAAUCAUUUUCAUUCACAAUUUUCGUAGGUGUGCUAUGAAAAUCGAUGUUUAAAUGCCGCUGUACAGUUAUUUAUAAUCAAAACAAAUGACAAAUGUCUGUGUCUUCAUAGUGAUAUUUCAAAUUACGAACUCUACUUCAAAAAAUAGACUCUGAAAAAAACAUGUUUAAAAAUCGAGGUGAUAUUGUUUAUAAAUGUACAGUGAGACUUUUGGAGGAUACAGAAAUUCUAGAGUGUGAAUUCCACCCGAGCUAUAAGGGUAAAUUUCUACUGGAACAUGUUUGCCAACAGCUCAAUCUCACUGAGUCUGAUUAUUUUGGCCUACGCUAUGUUGAUGGAAAUGGACAGCGACAUUGGUUGCAUUUGGCGAAGCUGAUAUUGAAACAGGUCAAAGACGCGACACCGAUACUGUUCAGUUUCCGUGUGAAGUUCUACCCGCCGAACCCACUGCUUCUCAAAGAAGAUGCCACAAGGUUCCAGAUCUACCUGCAGCUCAAGCGGGACCUGCUGCACGGACGGCUCUACUGCACGUCCAAUGAGGCCGCCAUGCUUGGGGCGCUUAUUAUACAGGUGGAACUGGGUGACUACGAUCCCAACAUCCACGUCGGCAACUAUGUGACCGAGAUGAAGCUGCUCCUGAGGCAGACUGAUGUUAUAGAAGCUAGAAUUCAGGAGAUCCACCGCGAGCCAGUAGAAGGUACACCCGGCGGCACGGGCGGCGUGCGCGGCAUGAGCGCGCAGGAGGCCGAGCGAUCGUUCUUGAAGAUCGCCUGCCAGCUCGACACGUAUGGCGUCGACCCGCAUCCGGUGAAGGACCACAGAAGCAACCAGCUGUACCUGGGCAUCAACCACAGCGGCAUCCUCACGUUCCAGGGCAGCCGCAAGACGCACCACUUCAAGUGGAACGAGGUCGCCAAGAUCAACUUCGAAGGACGCAUGUUCAUCGUGCACUUGAAUUAUCCUGAGAAGAAGCACACGGUGGGGUUCAAGUGCCCGAGCGGCGCGGCGUGCCGGCACGUGUGGUGCUGCGCCAUCGAGCAGAUGCUGUUCUUCACCUUACCGUCAGCAUCAGACGCGUGCGUGUACACGGGCGGCGGGCUGUUCUCGUGGGGCACCAAGUUCAAGUACUUCGGACGGACAGAGAGGGAGAUACUGGAGAGGGAUGGAUUGCUGCCUCCUAGGGAUCAUCCCGAGGAAGGGUCGAGUAGCGGUGGUAAGAGAAAGGCCAACAGCGUGCCCGCGACGCCAUCCACGCCUAUGACCAGCGAUUUCGGCUACAGCAGCCUCCCCCGCUCCACCCACAGCGCUCCCCUAGGCGACAAUAUCUGCGGCUCGCUAUCCGCCUCUGGGUCCGCUUGCAACGGCGGCUGCCUGCUGAGCGGGCCGGCCGUGGACAUCGCGCUGGCCGGAGACCCCCUGCGCGCGCUGCCCGAGGAACAUAGCGGCGACCACGAGCCUGGCGAGUACAACUUCCGGGAAUCCUUCGAGCAUUCCUCUUCAGAAUCCGCCCUCACCACGCACACCACCGAGCCGCGCCCGCCCGACGACUGGUCCCGCCCUUCAUCAGUGGAACACACGCCCCACGCGCUGACAACGUUGCACAACAUGCCGCCCGCCCCACGCAGGUUCAAUCUACUCCGUACCUUUGUACCCUCGUUCCUGUUCGUCUGUCUCUCUCUAGUCCUCACGACCAUCCUGCUCUUCGAAACCGAUGUGGCCCCGAGUUUAAAGAAGAAACAGGAGAUGGUGACGUUACAGUAUCACUAUUACGCGCCGCUAAAGGAGUACCUGAAAAGGAAAGUUGUGGAGCUUUUCUGAUCUGCUGAGAAUCUCGCAUUUAAUGACUUGCAUUUAUUUCGUUUUAGUUGUAAGCACAAACGCGUUUGACUAUGUAAGUAUGGAGUUAGCACAAAUUUUAUUUUAUAUACAACCUAUGUAUUCUUGUUGGGUUGAUGAGUUAUUUUAUUGAUGUUACGAAGGUUUUAAUUAGAGUAGCACGGCGACGUUAUUGCUGAAUUAUUGGAGUCGGACUGAAUCUACUGGACGCUGAGCACAAUGGAAUUAUUUACGCUUUAAACUGACAAUUAUUAAAUUAUGUCUAUUACAUAUACUAGAAUCUCGAGAAUUUCUUACUACAGAAGAAUAAUUAUAUAUAAUGUAUAAUAAAAUAGCUAUAGAGAGUGAAGGGUGGACAUUGGACCCUCAGCUGACUGCGAUUCUGAAGUGUCAAAUUUUUGGGACACGUUUUUAUAGAUUUUCCUAGAUUUAGCAUCUAGUUGUUAGUUUGACUAAAGUACAAUUAAGUAGGACUGACGAGGACAUGUGUGGUUUCCGGCGACGAUGACUAUGGUCGUUAAUGUCCACGUUAUAAGUGUUAUUUUCGUUUAUCCUACGGCCGGCCUCGUUGAUGCUAUUUUCUAGUUAAACACGUAUUUCUUGUUAAGGCUGGUCUGCACUUGCCUAUUCUACUCGCUUACAAUGACUUGAGCACAAAUUAGUAUGUAUAAGAUAAGUGAUUAUGUUUUUAAGAAAUUUUCUUUACCUAAGGUGCGACGGUCUGCUCCGCCAUACUAAUGUUUCGGCGCAAAUAACAAGACAAAGUUAUGAAUAUUCUUCUUCUUAAGAUUUGUCACGGUGCCGGUGGUGAAAGGAUUAGCGAGUCAGUCACUGACUACCCAAGGUGCGCCGGACGUACCUGUUUCUACCUAUGUAAAGUAGUUAUUACAAAAAUAAUAAUAUUUGCGCCGCAACAUUAAAUUUGUAGCCAGGCGUUACACCUUACAUUCUGUUUUAUACAUAUAAGUAUGUGAUAGUGAUAAGCUUACUCGUGUACCUUCAAUCAGUAUCAGUUUUACUUUACAUUCCUAUUUUAUAAAGUUUUUGUAGUCUUCCAAUAUUAGAGAUUUUAUUUUUUAUUGCACAGAGGAAACAGAUUUGUAUGUAAGUUAACCCAAACAAAUGAUGAGUUACUUAAAUCUGAUUGAGCUGCUUAAUGUAGUCAAAGUUCAAUUAAUAAUGUGCCAUUACUGGAUAUUGUCUAAACUAGUCAUAAUAGAUAUCUUAAGGAAUCUCCUAAAUCUUUACUAUAAUCGUUUAUUUGAUCUGCAUUCUAUUUUCAAUCUACCAACGCAUUCAAAUCUAUAAAAAUAUUGUUAACAUAUUUUGACAAUGUAAUGCUACACCUCAUGAAACUACAUACAUAUCUUGCUUUCAAAGAUGUAUAUAAGUUAUUUAUGUAAGAACUUACAAACAUAAUUUUAUUUAUUUAGUUGUGUAAUCAAAAUAGAUUAUAACUAGCUGAAACUCGCUAUAUCCAUGAAAUAUUGUUAAAAAUAUUUCCAAUAUUUUUGUCCUUCGCAUUUUAAAAUGUUCGAUAUAUUACCUAUCGCCAAACUAGAUAAUUAUAUUCUGUUACAAAUAUUUCUAUUGUAGAUGAACAAUAUUUAUUAUAACUCAUGGUUUAGUGACUGAUUUUCGAGAAGCUUGAAAAUAGUGAAUCAAAUUAGAGUGUGUGUUUGGGAAUCGUCUUGAGCUUGUCAAGCAGAUCAGAAAGGAAGGACCCUUAAUAAAGGCCGCCUGUCUUAAUUUGGGGUUACCCUCCGUUAUUGCCUAACUAAGUUUAAUUUAGAGGGAAAUAGUUCUGAAGAUUCUCAAGAUAUUGCGAGGAUCACUGCUAAAUUCUUGGCCAUUUCUGGGUACUAUCUGGAUCACAAUAAUGAGAUUUCGCGAUGGAAAAUGUUCUGGCAUUAUAUUAUAUACGAUAUAUACGUAUCUCUGAUACGUAUCGUAUAAUAUAUCGUACCUACAUAGAAAUAUUUCAAAAAGGUUUGAAGGUAAAGCUUGGGUUUUAUCUAAACUGAUAAUGAUACCAUACUGUUAUACUUUUUGGUUAUACAUGCUUAUUUUUUUAUAACCUGCUUGAUUAUUGGUUAUGCACAAACUGGUUCCUAAACGAAAAUCUAAUUGUUUACUUUAUAACAACAAACCAUUUUAGUUACUUAUGCCAAGUUUUCAAGAUAUUAAUGCCUUAUUAGAGUGAGUGUGUGUUAUUAAAUUAUAAAUUAGAAUUUAAAGAUGAGAUGCUUCUCUCCUGGCUAGUCAUAAUACUACUUCAAGUACUUACUACUUACAUUUUGACAAAAUAUAUAUUUAUUUUACCUAUAUUUUUUACUUAUUACAAAUUUUUCUCUGUUAUUUUCUGUUCGUUUCUAAGCACUGUUAAAGUUAAUGAGUUGAAGGAUUGUUUAACCAUUUGCCAUAUUAGUAAGGGUGAAAAUUGCUUAGCAUAUUCAAUUAUGUCAAAGAACUAACUAAAUACAGAUACAAAAAUUAUUAUGUUAUUCUCAUUGACUGUACCUAUACAGGGUGUCGCAAAAGUAGGUAUAGUAAACUGAAUCACUCAAGAGGUCAAUCUGCACAACUUUUUUCCUUCGACUUUUGAGAAUCCACGUAAAAAUAUGUACCUAUACCUACUCCCUGCAACACCAUGUUGAUACAAUUGCAAUAUUAUUUAUGCAGGUGCAGAAAAUGUUAGCAAAUUUAUGUGAAUUUCACUCAAAAUAUUGAUUCCAUGUCUGUGGACCAACCGGCUACUCAGUUUAAAGUUUACAAGAAAAUGUUAUUUUUGUACUGUUAUUGCUUUUUAUGAUGUUUUAUCUAAUCAGCCUUUCUUAAUACUGUAAUAGUAGCUCUUUUAAUAUGCUAUAGUUUAAAUUAAAGAAUGAAAUUGA